UAUAUUUUUUUCCCAAUUCUUACGAGUGGUUUCUGUACCCGAAAACGGCCAUAGUAUGAAACUCAGAUCUGAAAUUUAAUUCUCAAAUUUCCAGAAAAGUUUGACCAUAAGAGUAGCUUAGUUAGCUCUACUGAAUAGCCAAUUAAAGAUAACAAGUCMAAGAUCAGAACCAGCUUUAAAUUGGCCUCGACGUUUAUUUACGGCUAUUAUCAUGAAGAUUGACCAAAAACUCACAACGAAGCAUUCGAUUCAAAUAAACAUUAUGAUUUUACAUCGUGUUCUAAUCCUCUUGAUCUUGGCAUCAUGUGCUUUAGCCGGAACGCAUGCGCAGUCACACGUUAAGCGGGACUUAACCAAGAGUGUACUCGAUAUAUCAGCACUACACUCUGAAGCAGUUAAUGAGAUAUCCACUGACAGAAUACGACAAAAUUUAGAAUAUUACGCUGGAGCACCACACGUUGCAGGUUCAGAAGAAAACUACCAAAAAGCCCUAGAAAUUCAAAAACGAUUCGUUGAAUACGGUUUUGACAAGGUCGAGAUCAAGAAGUACAACGUUCUUCUAUCGAUUGCAGGAUUACCAGGGUCGGUGACGCUAACAGAUGAGACGGGMGUUGAGCUCUUUAGGAGCAGACCCUUUGAGAAAAUAUUAGAUCCAGCUGAAAAYAUGACCAAUGUUGUGCCUCCGUACAGCGCGUUUUCACCGUCUGGUACCGUCGAGGGCAAGCUAGUUUAUGCGUAUUUUGGUAGUUCAAAAGACUUCAAGAGGCUUAAAGAAAACGGAGUUAAUGUGACGGGGAAAAUUGCUAUUAUUAGAUAUGGCCGUGGGGGAAGGGGAAAGAAGGUCGAUCGCGCAGCAAAGGAAGGAGCAAUCGGUGUGAUAUUGUAUGCCGACCCAGAAGACUUUGCGCGAGAAGGUCCCGACAAGGUAUACCCAGACUACAACUGGCUACCCAGUACAGCGGUACCCCGGGGUUCCAUAAAGGCAUCUAAAGGUGGAGGUGACUUGCUGACCCCCUUCUACCCUGCUAUUGAUGGUAUUUAUCGGGAGCCACUUUCAGAGGUCAUAAAGAAAGAAUUUGCUGCAAUACCUACCUUGCCAGUCUCUUACGGUGACGCUGCGCGCCUGUUGAGUACUUUGACAGGUCAACUACCMAAGUUCUACUGGAGAGGAGGGCUUCCUAUUAUCUAUGGCGUACAGACUGAUGACAGUGAUAGAAGACGAGUGACUCUGACGGUCAACACUGAGACUCUCGUUAUUAUCGGUAACCAUCGAGACGCAUGGGUAUACGGAGGUACAGAUCCAUCAAGUGGGACAGCAGMCAUGAUGGAGUUAGCGAGAGUCUUYGGGAUGCUCUUGAAGAAAGGUUGGAAGCCAAGAAGAACUAUUAUAUUUGCCAGCUGGGAUGCAGAGGAAUCUGGUCUGAUUGGAUCAACGGAAUGGCUAGAGGAACAUGCUAAAAUACUUCAAGCACGUGGAGUCGCGUAUAUUAACGUUGAUAUGGCUAUUGAUGGAAACUUCACGUUCUUGGCGCGUUCUAUGCCGUCGUUGGAUUGGACGAUAAUUGAUGYAGCUAAAAAGUACAUUUUUGUACAUCCCAGUGUUCUCGGUCACGUGUAUUACUGUAUCGUCGCUCGUCUCAUAUGCAUUAACAUAGUCUUAUUUCCACAUGUCCAUUUCCACGUCACCAGAAUCUCAAGAAUGUGCACAGACAGUGACUACAGUACAUUUUAUCACAUGAUAGGAGUGCCUAGUAUGGACAUUAGAUAUUCUUUCAAUACAGCUGAAGGUGCUGGUAAUCCUUUGUACCACACUCUUCACGAUACAUAUCGACUGGUAUCAAAGUUAAUCGACCCAACCUUCAAGUACCAUCAAGCGACUGCACGGGUCUGGGCUCUAGUGACACUGAACCUGGCUGACUCAGUAAUCAUUCCUUUCAACGUGACUCACUAUGCCAAGAAACUCGCUGGUUAYCGGGACGAAUUGAAAGAAGUUGCUGAUAAGAUAUUGAUGGAAAAUAAAAUCUCUCUGGAAUAUCUCAACAAAGAAAUCCAGAACUUCAAGGACGCCGCAAAGCAGUUUGAAGACAUCAUCAUCAACACAAGCAAAACAGAUUAUCUGAAUAUUCGUCUGAUAAACAAUCGUUUGACGGCGUUAGAGAAGUCAUUCAUUGAUGACGGAGAUACGCCAAUAAUGAGUGACAUCACCAUUCGUAGACACGUUCUGUUGAGCAGCCCAAGAACAAGCGGAGCUUACAAAUUACCUGGGAUACGACAAGCCAUACGACGAGCUCGGCGCGGCGAAGCUACCUGGGAUGACGUCAAAAAACAAAUAUCAAUAGUUGUUUAUGCAAUCCAAUCUGCAAUUAAAUUAUUAAGAUUAAGUCCUAUCUAGACUGAUGG